AUGACCACCGUGCGCAGCCCCAUCGCCACCGCCAAGCCCACCGUGUCCUUCACCACUCCGCAAAACUACGCCACCAGACUCUCUCAUCUCCUUGCUCUCAAGUCAUUCACUCCCCUAUGGUGUCCCACCAUUAUCACCGAACCCACUUCGCAAACCCUCUCCUCCCUAGCCCUCCACCUUGCCCCCUAUGCCAUUUCUCCUGUUUCCGCAAUCGUCUUACCUUCUCGCACAGCAAUCACCGCCUUCUCGACCGCCAUACUCUCACUAACAACUCCUCUGUUACCUCCGAGCGGUGACGCAUUCAUCAUCGGCGCUCUGGGCAAAGACGCAGAACUGAUUGACACUAAAUUUUUGCUUAAUAUUUGUUCUAAUAUCGAUAGGAUUAGGGUUUUAGUUCCUCCAACGGCGACGCCGAGUGGGCUGGUGCAAUCGCUGGGGGCUGGACGCGGUCGGGGGGUGAUGUGUCUAGUUCCGCAGGUAGUCGGACUGGAGGAGCCUCCGGUGGUUCCAAACUUUCUCCGGGAUCUGCAGGCAGCGGGGUGGGCCCCUGUUAGGGUGGAUGCUUACGAGACUCGGUGGUUGGGACCCACCUGUGCGGAGGGAAUAGUGGAAAAGAGUGAAAAGGAAGGAAAUGGAUUAGACGCAGUGCUGUUCACGAGUAGUGCGGAAGUGGAAGGGUUGUUGAAGAGCUUGAGUGAGUAUGGGUGGAAUUGGAGGACGGUGAGGCGGCUGUGGCCGGAUUUGGUGGUGGCGGCACAUGGGCCAGUCACGGCAGCUGGUGCUGAGAGGCUGAGCGUGGAUGUUGAUGUUGUGAGUGGCAGGUUUGAGAGUUUUGAUGGCGUUGUGGAUGCUCUGCAUACUAGGCUUCGAGGUUCGAGGUUUGGGUUCUAA